CAAAUUCUACUUUUCAGCCCCGACCUAAACAGUCUCUCACUCAUGCUUCUUCUCGCCUUCCUUCUCCUUACAGCUCUGGAAGUGUGAAACUGACGAAAUGGAGGACAUAGAAGACUUGCUGAUUGGCGGUGGAGGCAUUGGUGCUCCUCCUGGUUUUCGGUUGCCACUUAACACUGUUGGAGUUAAUCCGAGGAAGAAUAAGAACAAACCUAACCUCAAUACCACUAUGCUUUCUCAAAUCCCCUUCAGUCCCAAAAUUCCUGGCACUCAGACCAUUUAUAUCAAGACGUUUGGAUGCUCGCAUAAUCAGAGUGACAGUGAAUAUAUGGCUGGUCAGCUUUCAUCAUUUGGUUAUGCAUUAACCGAUACUCCUGAGGAUGCAGACCUGUGGCUGAUCAAUACAUGCACUGUAAAAUCUCCAAGUCAAUCUGCCAUGGACACACUAUUAGCGAAGGGUAAAAAUGCAAAAAAGCCCCUUGUGGUUGCUGGGUGUGUGCCUCAAGGUAGUCGAAAUUUGAAAGAACUAGAAGGUGUCAGUAUAGUUGGAGUUCAGCAAAUAGACCGUGUGGUUGAAGUUGUAGAAGAAACUCUAAAAGGUCAUGAGGUGCGGCUUUUAAACCGCAAGACGUUGCCAGCACUUGACCUUCCAAAGGUUCGGAAGAAUAAGUUUGUUGAGAUUCUUCCAAUUAAUGUUGGCUGUUUGGGGGCUUGCACUUAUUGCAAGACAAAGCAUGCCCGUGGUCAUCUUGGGAGCUACAGCAUUGACAGCCUUGUUGGGCGUAUAAGAACAGUUAUAGCUGAUGGAGUGAAAGAAAUAUGGUUGAGCAGCGAAGACACUGGAGCAUAUGGUCGUGACAUUGGGGUUAAUCUUCCAAUUUUAUUGAAUGCUAUUGUUGCUGAACUUCCUGCUGAUGCAAGCACAAUGCUUCGAAUUGGAAUGACGAAUCCUCCUUUUAUUCUUGAGCACUUGAAAGAGAUAGCAGAAGUUUUGCGUCACCCAUGUGUAUACUCCUUUCUUCACGUGCCAGUGCAAUCGGGAAGUGAUAAUGUUUUGAGUGCAAUGAAUCGAGAGUACACUGUGAGUGAGUUCAGAACAGUGGUAGAUACCUUGAGUGAACUAGUUCCAGGGAUGCAAAUUGCUACUGACAUAAUUUGCGGGUUCCCAGGUGAAACAGAUGAGGAUUUUGCUCAAACUGUCAGCCUUAUUGAUGAGUACAAGUUCCCUCAAGUUCACAUAUCACAGUUCUAUCCUAGACCAGGGACACCUGCUGCAAGGAUGAAAAAGGUUCCAAGUAAUGUAGUUAAGAAGCGGAGCCGUGAGUUAACUUCUGUCUUUGAAGCUUUCACUCCAUAUGAUGGGAUGGAGGGUACAGUCGAAAGAAUAUGGAUAAAUGACAUAGCGACUGAUGGAAUUCAUUUGGUUGGCCACACGAAGGGAUACGUUCAAGUGCUUGUAGCUGCUCCAGAAAGCAUGCUGGGUACUUCGGCUAUUGUUAAGAUAACAUCUGUGGGAAGGUGGUCUGUUUUUGGGGAAGUAAUUCAUCAGACUCUGGACCAAAUGGUUGGGAAAACAGUUUCUGAUAAAAUGUUGCCUGGUGAGGACAAAUGUUCUCCCUGCUCCGACCCUUGUGAAACUUGCACAUGUUCGAAGGAGCCAGAGCCUUGUGCUUGUGGACCAGAGAGCUGUGGAGGACAAAAAGCUUUGGAAGAAAGUGCCACCGCUCAAAAUGAUAUUCUGUUGGAUGAUCGAAAUAGAAGAAAUCUGAUUGGAUGGUUAUUACGGAGACGAAAAAGUAAAGUGCACAAAAAGAUAGAUAAUGAAAUUGCUUUGGGAUCCAUGAAAAAGCAAGAAUGUGCCAGAGGAUCGUUGAGCAUGUGGAGUCCUGUUGAUAGGGCUCUCAUAGGAGGGGUGCUUGUCAGCUUAUUGACAAUUGCUGCUCUACUGAUGCAUUUUGGCUAUAGGACUAUUUCAUCCGAGUAAACUGUAUUAGUUGUACUUGUAUCAUCCAUUUUUUAUGGGGUUUAUCAUGCAAGAUUCAAAAACGUGCAAGCAGAUUUUGGUAGUAAAAUUAAUUCUGAAAUUGUAUUUUCCUUUAACAAUUUUUAUCAGAUGAUUUUGCUUUGACGGGAGUUUCGAGGAAAGAGUACAUCAACUCUUUCUUCUUUUACUUCAAUGAUUAUUUUGCUUAAACAU